AUCGACAUCUGGAGAGCUCGACUCGUUGCGACAUACAUACACCGAUUGACUUCCUCCCAUAAACGGAAUUUAGAGAGGAAAAGAGAAAAACGAAAAAUGUCCGCAAAAUACGCCUUCAACAAAUCUCUCAAAGAACUCCGGUUCCUAUUCUGUCAGACUUCAUCCCACAGCGAUGCCACGCGAUCAUUCUUGAACCGCGCAUACCCCACUAUGAAAAAGAAUAAUCCUUACGUCCCGAUCUUGAUUCGUGAAGCGUCCGGUACUGAGCCGAGGGUUUUUGCUAGAUAUGAAUUCGGAAAGGAGAAACAGGAAUUACUAUCAGGUCUGACAGAUAAAGAAAUCGAGGAAAAGAUUACGACGCUUGUCAAGCAGACUCUAUAAUCAUUCUUUGUCUCUUUGGUUUGAGUUUUGCGUGAAGCCUGUCGAGGGCAUAUACAUAGACGAAGAUCCUUUCAAUGGAGCCAAUCCAGUCAUUCGAGGACGGGACUGAUGGACAGAUGGGGGUAUUUGCACUGCCCGCCGUGAAUGGGGGUUCUAUGGAUAUGAGGAGUGGACUCUGUAUUUAUAUUUAGAAUCUUAUCGAAAGGAGUUUUCACGUUCUUAUCUUAUUCUAUCCAAUGUUGAAUGUUUCAAUACUACGGCUGAAGCAUCAUGCAUUGUACUGCGCAAAAGGCAGAACAGAAUUCAGGAUGAUUUCAAAAGAUUGAUGCUACCUAUGCGAGAAGAUAGCAAAUAAUUCUGUACAAUAAAGAAAUGUAAACAAAUGCAAGGAAAAGAUCAGUCCAGUAAGUAUUGUGUUCCCAUGAAUCAAUCCCAGAUAAAACGCCAUCCCAUCCAUCCUUCAUAUGCAGGCCAAAGAUAAUCCAAGCCAGAACACCCAGGAAAAAGAAAUAAUGCAAUGCAAUACAGUGUUCGUGUAUAGAAAAGAAAAGGAAAGAACGAUCAAGAAGUCUCACCAUCCUCCUCCACAAUCGUCGCAAACUUUUUUAACACCUGCU